AUGGCUGAUUAUAUAGCCGAUCAACCUCUUCAAGAAACACCCUUAUGGCGCCUCUACCACCUAUCAGAAUGUCUCGAGGAACAUAGUAUCAGACACUGUAUCGCUGGUGAUGCUAUUAUUGCGACUCUCGGCUAUCCGUUGGUCAUUUGCGACUUUUAUCUUGCGAUCGCAGACAGCCAACUUGAAGAUGCCUUCACCAUCGUUUUUCAGCAGGGAUUCCAGGUUUCCCGCGGCCGUGAUGUAUAUAUGGAUAAGGAUGCCACGGUUAACCCCCUAGGUUGGCCAGGAUACAGACUGGUGAUGCCUUCUGCAUCUCCAUUCGCCCCCGGGGUUAUGCUUGUUCCCUCGAGUUGCUGGCAUAUGGAUCUCUCGGAAUCGAGUUUCUUGACGAACACAUUCUUGCAUACUACUACACGAUGUCGAUUUCCAAAGCGGUUGUUCUAUUUGGAUGCUCUGAUCGAUGUUAUUGUCGAAGACGCAUUGAAACCCGGCGGCAACCAACGCCUAUCUGGGUAUUUUAUAAUGCAGUAUCACUAUCUAGUCGCCUGUCUCUCUCCGGAUACUCUUAGCCUGUCGCCGGAGAAUCAAUUCUUUGUGGACUUAUACGGUCGACUCCUUCCGCCAAAAACCCGGGAAACAGUCUGUUUGAAUCGGCAGUGGAUUCGACAGGGUCUGAUGAACGUUGAGGAGGCAUGGAAGUCAAUCUCAAGAAGAGCUCUGCUAUUUGAAGAGAUGCACCGUAAAGCUCUGAAUCAUCGCUAG